CGGAUUUUUGUACAUCUUCAAUUGGUAAUGUUUAGUUAAAAUUGGUAAGCGUUCGGAAAUGCGUCGGCUCUAGCGAAGUUUUAACGUUUUGAACUAAUUGAGUGAGUUCUUAAUUAGUGUAAUUUCCGAAAUGAAACGCUCCUUCUUCGUGUUUCUAUUUUGGCUGUUUUCAGUUAACUCUGCGGAGGGAUCACCGAAGUUUGGCGCCCCCAGGACCAAGAAUCAAUCAGAGGGGUGGAGGAGGACGGGCACGGCGGAUCUGUAUGAAAUGAACAUAUUCUACGACCCCAAGACCCGCUCAUCGUUCCGGAUAACUUCCAUCGAGAACAACCUCAUAAAUCCGGUGGAAUCGAGUGACCAAUCACUCACCAAAUCCGGGAAGAUGCCUCGAAGAAUUGGAUACCGGGCGAACGGUUGUAACUGUCAAGAGUUGACGUGCGGCUGCUGCCUUGGGAUUAACAUGGAUCAAUUCAAUUUCAAUAGGGAAGGAUGUAUGAACUUCACAUAUUUACCAGAAGACUUUGCUAUCAGUAUGAACAUGAUCAUGGACAAUGAAUCAAUCUACCAGAAUGCUCUCUCAGCUAAAAAUCCCCCACCGCUGUGUAUUCCACUGGCGAUACCAGGAGUACCUAUAUCUUUGCCGAUAGACUUUUGUGCAAGAGUAUACGAUAUUUACACUCAGGACCGAAACAUCCAUAUGUGCUUCGACUUGGAGGCACGCUUCUCGAAAGCAGAGAUUUUAAUCCUACAUUUUGACUGUAUGGUUAUGGGAUCGCAAGGACUAGUAUCUCUGAGUCCUGGGGAACCAAUUCCAACAUCAUCUACUAUGGGACCAAUCGACACUGAUUAUGAUACAAUUUACGAAAAAAAAUGA